GAGAAACCCAAACACGCACCUGUCAAGUGGAAUCAUUUUGUAGCUGAUUUUUAACGCAUAUUAUGACAUCCAUAUAUCUCCAGAUUGUUGUGUACUUCUUGUGACUUGGCCAAUACACAUUCCUGUAACUGCCAAUUACUGAUCCGCAAUCAUGGAUACAGACCAGGAGAGUCUACUCAACAAUGAAAAGAGUAUAAUGCAAUUAGCAGAAAUGAAAGAUUCUAUCACGGAGAUUGAGAAAACAAAUAACUUCAUCUUAAAGAGACUGAGUCAGCAACAUGAUAAGAUGGAUGGAGAACAUUUACAUCUUGGAAAACUGACAGAGACCCUGAUGGAGAGAAUGCAGAACUUAGAGCGACGGGAACAGGAACAAGAUGAGGAAAUGCAGCAGUUGAUGAGGACUGUGACGGAGCUCGGAGAAAACAUCUCCAGUAUGUGUAUUAGUAUAGAUACGAUCAAGACUUCGCUCUCUAAAGGAACCCCAGGCCGUCAUCGCAAGCACAGAGGACGUCGUGUACCAAAUCAGAAUCUGGAGGAGGAAUCUCCGGAUUUAGAGACGCAAAUUAAAGGGGAUCUUUCAGCAUCAGAUCAAACUUCAAGUAAAAAGCCAGAUGAGAUCACAGAGGAAACAGUUUUAAAAACCAUGCAGGUGGAUGAUCCUCCGCAGACUAAGUCAUUUAAGGAAACUUCGGACGAAUCGGAACAGCUUUCAGUUUUUGAACAGGAACAUGAUGAGCAAGGGUCACAGAAAUCGGAGAUGACAGAGACGGCUGGUGAGAAAAGUACAAAUCAUAGUAACAGUGCCAUCAAUGACAGAAUAGAGGACUCUUCAAAUGUAUUAAGUUCACAAAGCGAUGUAGAUGGGGUAAGUAAAACUGACCAGCAUAAUCCUAACGUAUCUGAAACUAGUGCUGUAGCCGAUGAUACUAGAGCUGUAGCCGAUGAUACUAGAGCUGUAGCCGAUGAUACUAGAGGUGUAGCUGAUGAUACUAGAGGUGUAGCCGAUGAUACUAGUGCUGUACGUGAUGAUACUAGAGCUGUGGUUGAUGAUACUAGUGCUGUACGUGAUGAUACUAGAGCUGUGGUUGAUGAUACUAGUGCUGUACGUGAUGGUACUAGAGCUGUAGCCGAUGAUACUAGAGCUGUAGCCGCUGAUACUAGAGCUGUGGUUGAUGAUACUAGAGCUGUGGUUGAUGAUACUAGAGGUGUGGUUGAUGAUAUUAGAGGAGAUGAACGACUAUUGGAGGAUAGUUUAGAAGGACAUAUAGCAAAUGGUGUAAUCACUGAUGAGAUGUGGAAUUCUGUAGUUGAAGCUGAAGCAAGCAAAGCCAAGGAAACUAGUCUCCCCUAUGGUGAUGGGAUCGAUACCGUGUUUGUAGUCGAUAUCUCAGACAGUAUGAAGAAGAAUGGCCUACAGCAAGCCAAGGACGCCAUGAAUGAGAUCAUAGAUUGGAUAGAGAUGGUAGCAAAGGAAGAAAAAAUGGAUGAAAAUAUUGGUGUGGUAACCUUUGGUCACAUCACACAAUGUAGACAUUACCUAACCAAGGAUUAUCAGUCAGUGCGGGAAUGUAUUGACGGUCUUCGUGCUGCGGGUUUGUCACCGAUGUAUGGCGGACUUGACAUGGCUCUGGCGUUAUUCAAACACCAAGGUGAUGCUACAACUUUAGUAUGUAACCAUAAGAUUUCCCCUCGGAUUGUGUUGCUAAGUGAUGGCCAUGCGACGGAUCACCACAUACUCGGGGGACAAGAUGAUCCAAACACUCCUGUGAAACCUGAGACUAGAGAGGCUGUGCUGAGAUUUGCACGAGGUCUGGAAGAGAGGGCAGUCCCUGUGUAUUGUGUCCCCAUAGGAGAUCGUACUGACCGGAGUCUGCUGACAGAUGUUGCCAACACCACACAUGGCCAGGUGGUAUCGCUGGAGGAUGUAUUCAGACUAGGACGACACUGCAGCAACCUUGCCUGUGUACUGAAGGUCCGAAAGCUGCUUCCUUGUGAGGGAUUGGAUAAAACAGCACUCGAUAUGGCCGUCAAUACAACUGGAAAGAAAUUUUCCGAGGAUGACCUGGAGGACAUGAUGGCUAUACUUGCCAACCCAGUGUUCCAGCAGACUGUCGACAAAGGUUUCACCUUUGAGCAUCUGAAGGAGAGUGACCCUCAGAUGCCUCCAAUUGGGACACGAGUUCGUCAGGGUCCUGAAUGGAAGUGGAAGAACCAGGAUCAAGAUGGAGUCGGCACAGUCAUUGGCCAUGGCAAAAAUGGUAUGAUAAAGGUAGAAUGGGACUGCUCCAACAAGGGGGAGUAUCGCUAUGGUAACAGUCAGGCGUUUGAUGUAGUGGUGGUGGAAGAGCCGAGGCUGCUGAAGACGGAUGGAGCUGUAGAAACAGGAUGUGUUGUCUGUCGUGGGCUAGAUUGGGAGUAUGGUGACCAAGAUGGAGGAUUUGGAAAGAUAGGUACAGUCUAUCAUACAGAACCUAAUGGACAAGUAUGGGUAAGAUGGCCAAAUGGUCACAGAGGAAGAUACAGCUACAUCAAAGAUGGAAAACAGGACCUGGAAGUGUGUGAUCCAUUCGAGGUGCAUCAAAUACGAGCUGAACAGCGAGCUGAACAAAGUAGCCGAGAGCAAGCUGAAGAAGGGGCUAUGGGAGGACUAUUCCUAAGGUCUAGAUCCAGUAGUUUAUCAGAUUCUUCAUCCAUUCAAGAUCUUCCACCUGAUGACGAUGAACUUGAGGCUGCAUCAAUGUCAAUAUAUGACAUGAUUCCGCAUUCCCAGAUUCUUCGGGAUGAAGAGGAGGAGGAGGAGGAGGAUAAGGAGGAAGAAAGGGUUAUGAAAUUGUCUCUGGUUGAAGCCAUGAACAAGAGAAAUGAAUCAUCCACAUGUCUUCCUACCAAGAGGACUGUGGGAUCUGAAGCGUCGUCUGAUCAGUCACAUGUGGAGGAAUUGGGCACUGUCACAGCUAAAGACACAAAUGGCCUUGUCCUGUCUGACCAUGAUAUGGUAGUUCGUUCUAGUAGUCAGCAAGCUAACACACCUGUUCAGGUAUUGCCUGAUAAAAAAGCUGACACACCUGUUCAGGUAUUGCCUGUUGAAGAAACUGACACACCUGUUCAAGUAUUGCCUGAAAUAAAAACUGACACUCCUGUUCAAGUAUUGCCUGAAAUAAAAACUGACACACCUGUUCAGGUAUUGCCUGAAAUAAAAACUGACAUACCUGUUCAGGUAUUGCCAGAUAAAAAAUCUGAUACGCCUGUUCAGGUAUUGCCUGAUAAAGGACACUUAGCAGAUGUUCCAAGGGACUCUCAACACAGUUCUGAUGAUGAGAAAAGUAAUUUUCUUAAAUCCUCUAGUCAAGACCAAACAUCGGUCAUCAGCAGUCAUUUUGGAGGUGGCAAUGUAGAAUUAGGUGAAGAUGAGGUAACGCAGACAGACGGUGCCUAUCACAGUGACCCAAAAAUCAGUCAAAUUGUCACAGAGGAGGAAUCCUUAGAUUGUGGUACUCCCUUGUCACAAAGUACGCCAGACCCUGAAGCCUUUCGGCCAAUUCGUACACCCAACCCAGUAGCCUCAGGGUUGUCAUUUAGUACACCAGUCCGAGGAAAAUCAGGAGAUAGUGAAUCGGUCAACUCGAACAUACUUCAGUUUACAAAAUCUAACUACAGUGCAUCUCGCCCCACUACAGACUUGCAAUCAUCUCAGAUUGAAAUGACCUCCACGGAAUCCUCACUGCUGAUAGGCUCACCUAGUAGUUCAUUUAGAGGACAGACACUCCAAACACAAGCUGACACCAUCAGAAACCUCUCCACCAGCUUAUCUAGUGUGGCAUCAGCAACCCAGAGUCAGGCUAGCACGUCGGAUAUUUUCAACGAAACAUUGUCAGACAACACCUCCAUGAUGUCAUCAUCAACAUUGACAGCAGACGCAGACGUGAUGUGGCAGUGGGAGGAUGAGAACGGUGUGUGGCAUGACUACACCUCAGAGCAGAACCAAAAGGUAGAAAAGACCCGGAAACGAGCCCCAAAAGGCACCACUGUGCUGAACAUAAAUGGGGAAAAUUAUAGAGUAGUGGCAUAUAAGGGCAUACAGAUCCAUACGGUCAGUAGGGCGACCAGUAAGAUAAGGUGUAUAGAUAAAUCCAGUGAUGUGGCAAAUCUUGGAGAUGUAGAGACGUAAAUCUGAACUAUUCAUGUCUUGUUUUAAAAGAAGAAGGUUGGUCACAGAAAAGACAAGAAAUAUAGGUCAUCUUUAUUGAAGGAGCUCUUCCUCUUCAGAAACAAAACUUUGUCAAACAGAUCCUGAACAAUGUGUAUUUGUGUACUAUAUAUCAUGAUGAUAGACUUACUUCAGACUAAUGGGCGACCUUUUAAUUAGUCAAUCAUUCAAUUUCAGGUUGUUCUUGACAUUUAUUUGAGAUAGCCUUUGUUUUCAUUUCAAUUUUUUUGUAGAAAUGUUUAUAAAUACAUGUCAUGUGAAUUUAUUAAAGUUAUCACGAUAUGUAUGAUAGAUGGAGGACCAAUCCAUUAACAUAUUAUUGGUUAUAGUUCCUCCAAGAUUAUAUCCAGUAUAUAACAUAUUCAUUGACUGCAAAUGCUGUACAGCUGACACGAUUACGUCAUAAUAUUGAAUUGUUGGGUCUGAAACCAUUGUAUGAUUACUAUAAUUUUGUCAUGCUAUUGUGCGUUGUGUAUGGCAAAUUCCCCUCAUCAUACAUAUUUUGAAGAACAAAUUAGAUUCUUGUUUAUUUCGACUUUGAUUUGUUUGAUUUGUUUGAACAUGCGAGAUCAAUAAUCAAAAUGGGCCCAGACAGUAGACAGGAUAUCUCAACCUUCGUGUAAGAGUUUGGCUGAUAGCACUUGGCAAGCCUCGUGCUGAGUAACAAAACUCUUACAGAUUAAGUCACUUGGGUUAAGAUUAAUAGAAUCUAUGAUGGGUCUGUUCCCUGGACAGGGAUAUCUCAACCCGAGUGUAAGAGUUUGGCCAGUCAGCACGAGGCUUGCCGAGUGCUGGCCAGCCA